CCGCGCAGCUGCCGCGUCGAGUUACUACAACAUAUUAGUAUAGAACCUUGAAAGUGAUUUCAAUUAACUCAAUUAAUUUCAAUUAAAAAAAGAAAAUCAAUCGAGAAGAGUUCUUUCUUCAUCCCCCAUUCGUAAUUCUUAUAUUUUGCACACGUUAUUCCUGUUAUUCCUGUUAUUCCUCCAAAACGUACUUAUGCUGAACUAUUUGAUCUCGAAUCAACCUUGAAAUUCCCAUGGUUCCUCCAUUGCGCUCGUAAUCUUGUCGCGAUGCCUGCUCCAGGUGACCAGCACAGCACUAUCACCAACCCUUUUGAGGAGUCGGUACCUCGCAUGUCCGAAUUUACUGCUGCUCAAAUUGCUACCUUGCAAUCACGCUUGGGCAAACAGCUAGGCCCCGAAUAUCUCUCAUCCCGUAACGGUCCAUCUGGUCAAAAGGUCCAUUAUAUCGCCGCCGACAAAUGCAUCGCUCUCGCCAAUGAUGUUUUCGGCUUCAAUGGCUGGUCCUCCAGCAUUCAGAACAUACAGGUUGAUUUUGUCGACGAGAACCCUCAGACCUUCAAAAUAUCUCUCGGUCUAUCUGUUAUCAUGAGAGUUACACUUCGAGACGGCACCUACCACGAGGAUAUUGGAUACGGUCACAUAGAGAACUGUAAAGGAAAAGCAGCUGCAUUCGAGAAGGCGAAAAAGGAGGGUACCACGGACGCGCUGAAACGUGCGCUGCGCAAUUUCGGCAAUGUCUUGGGUAAUUGUAUAUACGAUAAAGAAUACCUAUCAAAGGUCACCAAGAUAAAGGUUGCACCAGUCAAGUUUGACGAGAGUAACUUGCAUCGCCAUUCCGAUUUCGUCAAGAAGGAGCCGACUCCUGUGAAGAUUGAGCCGAAAACGACUCAGGCGGAGGCGGAUAAGAGUGCCGGGGGUGACAAGAUGAGCGCGCAUGUAUCAGACUUACUUGACGAGGACUUUGGUGACUUUGACAUAGCCGACUUUGGCGUUACCGAGGACGGCCACCCUGAUGAGGUAGUGCUACCCAGUCCUCAUACCAUGAGUUCAAAUGAGAAGUCUAGUACCAAUGAUCAUCAUACUCCAUCUACAAACAAUGUCUCGAGGCAAAUGCAACCGCCACCAAAGCCGGCUGUUCAACCUCCUAGACCACCUCUCACCCCCAAUCAGCCACCACAACAACGACCAGGUACAUCUUUCCAAGGCCGCCCGAACCCGCAACCAUAUCCCAAACCCCCCAUUCAUACCGCCAAUGCAGCACAGCAAGCAUUAGCCAAUAAUAAAACACAUACACCACCUCCAAACGGCGCAGCGCCAACAGAACCAGUGUCUUUCUUUUCAGCUCGCUCAAUUCCGAAACUACCCGAAGAUGCACCCCCAGACGCAGCUAUUAUCCCCACUCAAGGAGCCAAGCUGUUCAAUCCCCGUCUAGACAGUCCUUCGAUUCGAAAAACACCGGGCAUCGAUCACAACUCCUCCAAGCCGGUAUCUAAGUCCGGACAACACGUCCCACCUACAAAGAGGGACCAGGAACCAGCGCUUGGCCUGGCCGGUGCUCCAGCCGGUGCCCCAACAGGAAACAACUUGUUCUCUGGGCCCGGUGCGGGUCCUGGCAGACCCAGCGUGGGCGGUAUUGGCAAUCCCGCAUUAAGUCAAGCGCGGCAGAUCGGAGCUCCAGGAGUAGGGAGCCCAAUGGGAAAUCGUGGCCAGUACCGGCCCUUAACGGUAAAGCGGCCGGCACCCACAGGUCCGGAUCCCGUGAACAGGACACCGCUUACCGAAGUCACGAAUAACGGUUCCGCUCAGGGUGCGGGAAUGGGGGCAAUGGAUGUCAAGAGACAGAGGAUGUCUUAAGCAACCGGCCAGGAAAAGGGAUUAUCGUAGGGAUGUACGGUGGUUACGGGCUAUGGUAUAGGCGGUCCAUUUCUCUGGCUAGCAAUGUUUGGCGUUCGGAGUGCAUGAUGCUGACUCUAUGCCAUACCCAAUUAGAUGUCAUUUUGUUAGCAUUUUUCAAGUCUGGAGCUCUUAGGCUCUAAAGCCUCGAGUUGCUGAUAUCCUGUUUCUACCCAUUGAUAGAUAUAGGUACAUAUGCACGUGAUGAUUAUGAAGGCAUCUCCAAUACGACC